CAGAUAUGAGACCAAACUUUACUCUCUUCACCGAAUCGCAAAAGCUCUUCAACUAGGAAUUCUUGUCGUUCUAACAUCUUUAAUUUGAGUUGAGCCUGAAAAGAAGGCAUAACACGGACUAGCUGCAGUGCUGGAGACUGCAUAUUGAGUUGUUAGCAAAGAUGCCUCGCCAACGCAAAACUACUCGCCCAAGCCAGCGUGAGCUCCCAUUCUCUGAGCUCCAGGCAGAAAUACCAGACAAAGGUGUCGAAGAAGGCUUCUCAUUGCUAUAUUCCGAAAUCAACAAGUUCAUCAAAAGUGGCGUCGGCAAAAAAGCAGCCAACACAAAGAAGUCACUCUGGACGAAGCGACAUUCCAAGGAAUUUCUGAGCUAUGCAGGCAUGAUUGCUCGGCCGGGUGCAGAUGGAGGGUGGGAGAAGCUGUUGAGAUCGCGACCAUAUCGCUGCGCCCUUUUGUCGGGCGUGGUGAUGAUGGUGCUAGAUAAACAUGUGUUUUCCGAUCUACUGUUUGGGGCUGGAUCAGAGCAUGCAGAAAUGCUGCGGAUGGAAGACAGUUUCAUGGUCAAUAUCGAAGGCUUCCAACGGACGGAUCUUCGGGCAAAAACCAACAGAGUCUAUCUUGAAGCAACAGGCGGCGUUCCGCCACUAUUCUGGAAAAGAGUAGACAAAAUGACUGCGCAGAUUCUGGCUAUGCUCUCGCCAAUUUACUCAGCUAUCGGAGCAGAGACACCGUCCCAGUCUUCAUAUCAGACACUACACGACAUUGUUUCUCUCGCGGGAUGGCUCAAUGUCGCGAUCCGUCUGUCUCCCAAGAUUACCGCUUUCGAAUGGGUUCAGCCCGGCGAGGCAUACCAGUUCAGCUAUCUCUGUAUUGGAGAGGAAAAGAAUAUGGCUUCAAAUGGCCAUAACAAAGCUCAAGAUGAUCAGAUUCGUAGACGGACGCGCGUGAUGAUUUCAACGGCGCCAAAAAUCACUCGACAUGCGCGUGGGAGCGAUGGUUUUUUCACUGGCACAGAGACGUACGAAGUUAUGCAGCCACAUGUGGUUACAUACAGCGGGACUCUUGCAGACUGGGAAGAUAAUCGCGUAGUUCCGCUGCAGAGCCUCACCAGAAAUGGAUCUCUUGUUUUUUGGGGUCAUGUUUUGUCUUUGUUGAUGUCUAUUAUGCGACUGACGGCCGUGCUAUUCAUCGUGGGGGUUAUUGGACUCAUAGUAUUUGGCACUUGGACUGGCAUACCUGGAGGACAUGGCGGUAGCAGUUCUUUGUCGUGGAUUGUGCAGAUGGUGCUGUGGCCGAUCCGACUAACGUUUCAGAGUUUAAUGCUGUCGGUCAGGAUGAUUCUUCAGAAUAGCGAGGUCCGCACAGAUUACAGCCUUAUGAGUACAGGUAGCUGGCUAUCAAAGCAAUAGCGACGCAUUGGCACAGCAUAGAUAUUUGGCUUGGAGAAAAGUACCUACAUAUGUAGAAAUUGGUAGUGAUUGAUGUGUAGUUUACAUGUACCUUGCGACAUUCAGGCAAAAGAAUUUGAAUCAAGCUUUAGCAGAG